CAACAACUCAUCAACGAAAUGGUGAAGAAAGUAGCCAUAAAUUUUCCGAUUCUCAAUGGCUACCUUCACCGUCGCAACACUAUUAUCACCGUCGUCUUCACGUUUCUUCGCUCCGGUUCAAUACAACCGUUCUCCGAACAAACUCAGGCCGAACCUCUUAUACAAGAAUUGGCACCUUCCGAAGGUGCCACCUCUCAAAUGUUCAUCUUCAUCUUCUGAACCAGAAACCUCUGAUUGGACCUAUAAGCUCAUCUCAGGGAUUGCCGGAAUCGGAUUUCUCGAAACUUCGUAUCUUGCUUACCUUAAGCUCACUGACUCCGAUGUGUUUUGCCCCGUCGGCGGCGACACCUGCUCCAAUAUACUUAAUAGUGAUUACGCCGUCGUUUUUGGUGUACCUCUUCCUUUGAUUGGGAUCGUUGCGUAUAGUUUUGUAGCUGCUCUUAGUCUUCAGUUAGCUACUAAGAACAAUUUGCCUUUUGGGAUUAACAGAUCCAAUGCUCAUUUAAUAUUGCUUGGAAGUACAACCUCAAUGGCAACUGCCAGUGCUUAUUUUUUGUACAUUCUAACUACAUCGUUCUCUGGAUCAUCCUGCUCCUAUUGCCUACUUUCAGUUCUCUUGUCGUUCUCCUUAUUCUUUAUCACACUCAAGGACAUUGGAUUGCAAGAGAAGUAUAAACAACUAGGCUUGCAAUUGAUUAUUGCUAGCUUGGUGAUUCUCACGCUGAACACCUCAUAUAGCAGCGCUAAAUCUGCCUCCUCAAGCAUGGCUAUAAUUGAGCUGCCAUAUUUUGCAACCGAGAUUACAACUCCUUCAAGCCCCUUUGCUCUGUCUCUAGCAAAGUAUUUGCACUCCAUAGGAGCUAAAAUGUAUGGAGCUUUCUGGUGUUCACACUGUCAGGAACAAAAAGCGAUGUUCGGACGUGAGGCCGCCAAGCAAUUGGAUUAUGUGGAAUGUUUUCCUGAUGGAUAUCGAACAGGAACUAAAAUGAUCGAUUCGUGCAUAGACGCAAAAAUAGAAGGUUUCCCUACAUGGAUUAUUAAUGGCCAGGUUCUGAGUGGUGAAGUAAAAUUAUCGGAGCUGGCACAAGCGUCUGGUUAUAGUGAAUCCGAUCAACCUAGUUAAUGUUUUUGACUGAAAGUAACAAAGAUAGCUUUGUAGAAGCAUAUGUACAUUGUACAGCUUGUAACAUGGAUAUAAAAUUCAUUUUGCACUAUAUGCUUAAAGAUAUAAUAACA